ACUCAAAUUCAGAUUCAGAUUCGUUUCCCGCCCAAAACCCUCACAUUUAUCACUUUCCAUUCAGUCGAAGUUCCAUUGCUCUUCAGAUCUUAAUCUUCUCCCAGAACCGAGGAAAAACAAAUCGUUGUAUUAUUUAAUUUAAAAUAACAUGUCCGCGUCGUCAGUUCGCCGGAUAAAGGACCGCGGAGGCGCCGGAGGCAAGGUAACGGCGAUGAGGCCAUCCAAAACCCUAACCCCAGUCUCUGACAAAGCGCCCAUCGAGACCUUCAGGAAGUCAUCCGCCGGAAAGGAAAACCCUAGACCCACUUCUAGGCUUCCUGCGGUUAUGCAGAAGCCGGCCAUCCGGGCCAUGCCUCGGAUCGACAAGCUGUCGGCCGGGAACGGCAGUGACGGGGAGUCGCGGGUUCGGUGGUCGACGUCGUCGGUUCCCAGAGGUAGGAGCUCUAGUCCGUCUGAUUUUACUCGGUUGUUGUCUGAUUUGCGCAAAGAUAAGGGUUCAAGAGUUUCUUUGGAUCGGCGCGAGAAGGUUUCAGGUGGUGAGCGUGAUCGUUCGGUCAGUAGGGGUAGGGUUUCUAGGGUUUCAGUGGAUCGGUGCGAAAAUAGUUCGGGCGGUGAGAGUGAUCGUUCCGCCGGUAAAGUUGGGAAGGGUGUGAAUGGUUCCAGGGUUUUGAAGAAAGGGUUCAGGGAUUCGAGUCCAAAGGUGAAUGAAAGGAGUGUAAACGGGUUAAGGAUUGUUCCGGGUUGUAAUGAUUCGGAAAAUCUUGAUGUGAAUUUGAAGAAAAAUGGUGACAUUGCUGAGAAAUUUGAACUGAAAUUAGAUGAACGUAAGAAGAAUUCGAAUGGGGUUGUGGCUAUUGAUAACUUUAUGGAGGAAGUUAAUUUACGCUUAAAUUCAGUAAAGCCAAGUGUUUGUAGUAAUUCAGAGGGUCCUAAGCUUGGGCAAAAUGCAGAUUCAAAUGUGAAGUUUCGGGGUGGCAGUCGGGUUACUGAUGGAGGCAGGGAGGAAAAUUUUUUUGUUUCAAAGUCUGAUGAUGUGGUUGGUAAAGUUGGAAAGGGCGUUGAUUCGAGUUGUAGGGGGUCAGGUCAAAAAUCAUUGAAUGCUAUGAAGAUAUCGGAGAUGUCCAAGGAGAAAGGAGCAAGUGAAGGUGUAGGUGGUCGGAGUGGUAACAAGUAUCCAAGCAAGCUUCAUGAGAAGCUUGCCUUUUUAGAAGGGAAGGUCAAGAGAAUUGCAUCAGAUAUUAAGAGGACAAAAGAGAUGUUGGAGAUGAAUAAUCCAGACACUUCGAAGGUGAUACUUUCAGAUAUUCAGGAUAAGAUUUGUGGAAUUGAGAAAGCUAUGGGUCAUGUAGCAAGUGAUUCAGAUGCUAAUGCGGGUUGCUCAAAAAGUACUGGAAAUGAUAAGGAGCAGAUUAAAACAGCUGAGAAGAGUCAAAAUAAACAAGCAGAUCAUGUGACAAGUUCAGUUAAGGGAUUGAAUUGUGAAGAGUUAGAGGCGAGGCUCUUUCCUCAUCAUAGGUUGAUUAGGAACCGAACAUCCAUGAAGGCAUCUUUGGGGAGUUCUCAAAAUUUCCAAUCCUGUAACGUAGAAUCCACUGGUCAACUAAAGCCUGAAGAAAAAGCGUUGAGCCCCAUUGAUGAGAACCCUAUUGCAGUGGAGUUCUUGGCUUCAUUGAGUGAGGAUAAUUCUAAGGUCACCAUGAGGGAUAGGCAUGUUGGUUCUGAGUUCUGUGAAGUGAAAGAAAUGGAUGGUGCAACCACUUCGGCAUCACAAGAUUGUGAAAACAGAAUUAUGGGAAAGCCUAAUGUUGAGCUUAUUCUUACAACUGAUGAAACACUUGAUGAUGAGUUUGCUGAUCAGGAAAAUAGACAAGCAAUGGUAAUUAGUGAGGAGACUGAAGAAGAGACUUGUGUUUAUCUUCUGAAUGAAAUAGGUCGCAAGACCACAACAGGAGGAUGGUUUGUGUCAGAGGGAGAGUCCAUUCUUCUUGCUCAUGAUGAUGGUUCAUGUUCCUUUCAUGAUAUUGCUAACAGUGAGGAGAAGGCUGAAUACAAACCCCCAUCUGGACUCUCGCCUAAUGUAUGGAGAGAUUGUUGGAUAAUACGUGCCCCUGGUGCAGAUGGUUGCUCAGGAAGAUAUGUUGUAGCUGCAUCUGCUGGGAAUACUAUGGAUUCAGGUUUUUGUUCGUGGGAUUUCUAUAGUAAAGCUGUGCGAGCUUUCCACAUUGAGGAAGGAACAACAACCAGGACUGUACUGGGCCCCUUAUCCAACAACAGUGUCUACAGAAGAAAUGCUCUGUCUACCAUUCUGGCCCCUGAAAAUCGACAGUGGUGGUAUAAACCUUGUGGACCUCUUCUUGUCUCAACUGCCAGUAGUCAGAGGGUUGUCAAAGUUUAUGAUAUCCGUGAUGGAGAGCAAAUCAUGAUGUGGGAGGUUCAAAAGCCUGUGUUAACAAUGGACUAUUCAAGUCCUUUGCAAUGGAGAAACAGAGGAAAAGUGGUUGUAGCUGAAGCAGAAACUAUUUCUCUAUGGGAUGUCAGCUCUCUCACUCCUCAAGCAUUAUUAUCUGUUUCUUCAUCUGGUCAAAAAAUCACAGCUCUUCAUGUGAAUAACACAGAUGCAGAAUUAGGUGGCGGAGUUAGGCAAAGGGUAAGUUCAUCAGAAGCUGAAGGAAAUGAUGGUGUGUUCUGCACCCCUGAUUUCAUAAAUACCUUAGAUUUUCGCCAUCCAACUGGUAUUGGUCAUCGGAUACCCAAUCCUGGUCUAAAUGUGCAGUCAGUUUUCUCUCGUGGGGAUUCUAUCUUUCUUGGCUGCACAAGUGUGAGGUCUGCAGGAAAAAAGCAGCCGUGUGCACAGGUGCAACAAUUUUCCAUUCGCAAACAAAGGUUAGUCAGCACAUAUGCUUUGCCAGAAUCCAGUGCUCACAUCCAGCACACUGCCAUAACACAAGUUUGGGGAAAUUCAAACCUUGUCAUGGGUGUUUGUGGACUCGGGCUGUUUGUGUUUGAUGCCUUGAGAGAUGAUGGUUUGCAGUCUUACAAUAUUGAUUAUGAUAACACCCAAAAAGCAAGGGAAAUUAUUGGUCCAGAUGACUUGUAUUCCCCUUCUUUUGAUUACUCGAGUUCUCGUGCUCUUCUUAUAUCAAGAGAUCGCCCAGCUCUGUGGAGGCACUUGUCAUAGGGGUAUGAUGCAUGCUUGGAGACAGUUUGCACCAUGUCCAAUUAGUACUACAGUGUGCUGCUGUUUGUGUUUUUGUUAUGUUUCCCAUACUGUGCAAGACAAUGGAUAGCUUUGCUAUUUAUAUUGUAGAGCUGUUUAAUAUAAGAAAUAUGGAUUAGAGUGUUAUUAUAUCA